AAGUCGAAAAAUCGACUUUUAAUUAAAUGAAAAAAGUCGAAAAAUUGACUUUUAACUAAAUACAAAAAGUCGACUUUUCGUUUCAACUAUAGAACACUAAUUUGCCAUUUCUUUAGCUGAAAAUCUUAUUUUUUUUCGUAAAUAUCUAAUUUAUCGGUAAUAUGGAUAUUUUAUUCUUUUAAAGCUUCCUUUAAUACAACUCUGUAAUAUAUCUAAACAUUUAACAGCUCUGUUUUUGUUUGCAUAUAUUUUCUUUUGAUUACACAUUCGUAAACAAAGAAAAAGUAAAAAAAUAUGUGUUUGUGAAAAAAUAUACAAAAUAAAUUUAAAUAUUUAUGAAAAUAAGCUAAAUUUUAACAAAAAAAAUGUCUCUGGACACAUUGUGUCGUUUAUGCGUAUGUCCUUUUCAUGAUUGUAAACAAUUAUUCGAUGAAAAUGGUCAGUGCAAUGAGGCUUAUGAUAUAGCCACCAAAUACUUUGAUCCAAUGCUAUUAAACUCGGAGCAAGAACUCAACUCGGCCGUAAUAUGUCUAGAAUGUUGGCAGCACAUCAGUGACUUUUAUAAUUUCCAACAGACUGUGUAUACGGCACAGUCAAAGUUAGAGGAUGUUAAGCAAAUUGUACCCCUUAUUAAACUAGAAGAAGAACUAAUAGAAGAAACACCGAUGGACAGUGGAGAACUACAAAAUGAUGUUUUAUUAAAUGAUGAAGAACUUAAGGACGAGGAUCGUAUAUCUGAUGUAGAAGAUACAUACGAUGUAAGAGAUGAUAAUCCUUUUAGUUCCGAUGAUGAGAGGCCACUAUUGGAAAGUGUUAGAAAAGUAAGCAAGAAAAAAACUAAGAGAAAUAAAAAAGAGGAAUCCGGAGACAAUACCUACAAAUCGAAAACACCUCCAAAAAAGAAAGAGAAACGCAUUAAAAAGGAGAAUAAAAGCAAAACAAAAUCUAAAGCUGGCGACUCAGAGAUUAAAGCAGAAGAGGCAUCAGAAGAUCCUAACGAUUCAGCGAAUAAUAAUGAACAAAGUGGUAGUCAAAAUGAAAACUCUACAUCAACAGAUAAAAUUAGUUAUAAUAAACAAAGAACACUGGAGAAUGAUGCUUAUAUAGCCGCUUGGCGCAGUGAAUUGGAAUGUGAAAUAUGUCAUGCCUCAUUUUCAAAUUACACAUUGCUGCGAAAACAUUUUGUCCAGGAACAUCCCGGGGAAAAAUUCUAUGUUUUAUGUUGUCAACGAAAAUUUACUCAUCGUUUUCAUAUAGUGGAACACAUACGCCUGCAUAUGGAUCCCAAUGCCUUUAAAUGUGAAAUAUGUGGUCGUUGCAGUACUAACAGUCGCAAUCUAACUAAACAUAUAAGAGAACUACAUACUGAGGAAGGAAAGCUGCGCCCAUUUGAGUGCAAUGUAUGUCAUAAAUCUUUUAUAAACAAGACAGUAUUAAGAAUACACAUGGAAACUCAUGAAACCAAUCUUACACAUAUGUGUAGAGAGUGUGGCAAAGGUUUUCCCUCCGAACAAAGGCGAAAUCUUCAUGAAAAAUCCGUACAUAAUGCAGAUCGAAUUUGUGAUCAGUGCGGCAAAACAUUACAUGGUCCCUAUGCACUGAAAAAGCACCUUCUCGAGCAUGCUGGGGUACAGAAACGUAAAUGGCCCUGCGAUAUCUGUGGUGCCGAAUUACAUUCGCACUCUAGUUUAAAGAGACACAAACUUAUUACACAUCACGAUGGUUCCACCGUUUAUGUAUGCAGUGAGUGUGGUAAGGUGGCCACUACCGAAAUGGCAUUACGUAGUCACAAGAAAAAUGUUCAUCAAACUGAGCGUAAAUUUAAAUGUACAAUAUGUGAGAAAAGCUUUAAAUUUGCGAUUGUACUACGCGAACAUAUGGCUACGCACACGGGCGAGGAUUUAUAUCAAUGUCCACAUUGCACAAAAACCUUUAAGACAAAUGCCAAUAUGCAUCAUCACCGCAAGAAGGCACAUCCUAAGGAAUGGGCAGAAGCGCGUAUGAAUAAACCUCAAUCGACAAAGGUUGAUUUUAAUUUGGUACAAAAUGAAGUCGUUGGCGGUGUAUUAAGCACUCAUAUUCUCCGUGUAUUUGGAGGAACCCCACCAAAUAAUACUGUAUGCCGUUUAUGUUUAGGAGCAUUCCAAGAUGAUUGCCAACAAUUAAUCGAUGAUACAGGUCAAUGUAAUGAUGCUUAUGAUAUUGCCAGUAAAUAUUUUGAUCCAAUGAUGUUGAUUGCUGAUCAAGAACACAGUUCUCCUAUUAUAUGCGCAAUUUGUUGGCGACAUAUACAGGAUUUCUACUAUUUUCAACAAACAGUAUUUGAGGCUCAUGCCAAACUGGAAGAUGUUAAGGAAAUCGCCUUAGAUGUUAAAGUGGAGCUGGAACAAAUUGAUGAUAAGCAGACAAAAGCAGAUGGUAGUUCAUCUGAGAAAUAUGUUAAACAUGAAUUAGAUGGCAAUCGAAUAGAAUCCUUUGAUAUAGAAGAUGAUAAUGUAUUUAGUUCUGAUGAUGAAAGACCCUUAAUGAAAAGUUCUAAUCUGGUAAAAGAAAAAUGCUCAGCUAUACAAAAUUCCAAAGAAAUAGUAAGUCUAAACAAAAGUAAAACUCCUAAGAAACAUGACAAGAGGCGUAAAAAGAAAAAGUUAGAAACAACAGAGAAACAUUUAAAAAGGGAAACUUCAACAUUAUUGGAUGAGGAUGAUGCAUGUAAUAACAGUGAAAAAACAGAUGCUCAACAAAAAACCUUAGAAAAUGAUGCAUUUAUAGCUGCCUGGAGAAGUGAGUUGGAGUGUGUGAAAUGUAAUGCAACAUUUGCAAAUUUCACCUUACUACGCAAGCAUUUUCUCAAGGAUCAUUUAGAGGAAAAGUGUUAUAUUAUUUGCUGUGAUCGAAAAUUUAGCAGUCGAUAUCAUAUUGUGGAGCAUAUACGAUUACAUAUGGAUCCCAAUGCAUAUCGCUGUGAUGUCUGUGGCAGAUGUAGUACUAACAGCCGAAAUUUGGCUAAACAUAUUAAAGAAUUACACAGUGAAGAGGGUGAACGGCGCGGUCUGGAAUGUCCAACAUGUUUAAAAAUUUUAGCCAAUAAGAACUCCUUGAGAGUUCACCUGGAAACUCACGAAACAAAUCUAAACUACAUUUGCCGGGAAUGUGGCAAAGGUUUUCCCUCCGAACAAAAACGUACGCUACACGAACGUUAUGUUCACAAUGCAUCACUUAUUUGUGAUCAGUGUGGAAAAACUCUACACAAUCACUAUGCCAUGAAGCAACAUCUUCUCCAGCAUGCUGGCGUUCAAAAACGUAAAUGGCCCUGUGAUCUUUGCAGUGUUGAAUUGAAUUCACGAUCUGGUCUUAAACGUCACAAACAGCUAAUACAUCAAGAUGGCUCUACGGUAUAUGUUUGUAGUGAAUGUGGCAAAGUUGCAAGCUCCGAAAUUGCAUUACUCACACACAAACGUAACGUUCAUAUAUCAGGACGUAAACAUAAGUGUACACUUUGUGAAAAAGCCUUUAAAUUUCCUAGAGUCUUGCGGGAACAUAUGGCAACCCAUACGGGAGAGGAUUUGUAUAAAUGUCCGCAUUGUGAGCGAACAUUUAAGACAAAUGCUAAUAUGCAUCAUCAUCGUAAGAAAGCACAUCCAAAGGAAUGGGCGGAGGGACGUCUAAAUAAACCACAAGUUACAAAAGUUGAUUUUAAUUUGGUGCAAAAUGAAGUUGUUAUAAUGCGCACAGGAAAUAUUGUGCAAUUUAUAAAAGUGGAAUUUUUUUCAUCAUACAAACAUUUACUAUUUGAUAAGCUUUUUAUAAUUAUGAAUCAAACUGCCUUGUGUCGUUUAUGCAUACGUUUAUAUAAUGAAUUUAUAAAUUUAUUCAAUGAUAAUGGUGAGAGCAAUGAAGCCUAUGAUAUUGCCGUCAAAUAUUUUGAUCCCAUGUUAUUGAAACCACAACAUGAACAUGACACUACCUUAAUAUGCAUUGUAUGUUGGAGUCAUAUAAAUAAUUUUCACAACUUUCAAAAUUCUGUUCUCAAUGCACAAGUGCAACUGGAAAACAAUAUCGAACAUAUACCAAUGAUUAAGCUCGAAGAUGAAGCCUGGAUGGAUCAAAUAACUAUUGUCGAUAAUGAAAAUAAUACAUUAACAAAUACAACUCAUUCAUAUGUAUACGGUAAAGAAAACGAAAAUCAGGAAGUAGCUUCCUCCAGUAGAAACUACGAAUGUAAACCUAAUAUGGAUAAAACUCAAGAAUAUGAGAUGUUAAUAAAGAAAUGGAAAGGUGUAUUGGAAUGUGAAAUAUGUCACUAUAAAUUCAAUAAUUUUAGUGAUUUACGUCAACACUUUCAAAAGCAACAUCCUAAAGAUAAAUUAUAUAUUAAAUGUUGCAAACGUAAAUUUUACAAUCGUUAUGAUAUGGUCGAACAUAUACGAGUACAUUUAAAUCAGAAUACCUAUCAGUGUAAUAUCUGUAAUAAAACGUUUUCUUGUAAUCGCAAUUUAAAUCGUCAUAUACGACAGGUACAUAUUGAAAAAGUUCAGCAAGUGUUUGAAUUAAUAAAUAAUACCAAUAAAUCCGAAAAAUAUCAUCCUCCUAUGGGUUUAUUAAAGGCAGAAGAGGAGAAUAAAACAAAUAACAAAAAGCCCUUUACUAGAUCGACAAAGGUGCCACGUGGCAAAAUAAAUAUCACACCACAAACUGAUGAAAAAAUUGCUGGCAAUUUAGAGGUGAAAAAAACACGACGUCACCACCAGGAUCUGAAAUAUUUUCAACUUAAAAUUUCUUCAAACAAAAAAACCCCAUUGGAAUAUGAUACACAAAUAGCCGAAUUAAAAAGUGUAUUAGAAUGUCCUGUCUGCCAAAGAAAUUUUCCAUAUUAUACUACAUUGCGAGAACAUUUCCAAACGGAUCAUCCCGAAGCGAAAUUCCAUAUAAUGUGUUGUCAACGUAAAUUUGGCAAUAGCUAUCAAAUAUAUGAGCAUUUUCAACUGCACAAUAAUCCCAAUGCAUUUAGAUGUGAAAUAUGUGAACACACUUUUUCCCGAAGCGCCAGUUUAACCCGACACAUACGGGAGUUACACAUGCAAAAUGUUCAAUGGUCAUGCGAUCAUUGUGGUGUUAGUUUUAAGUCUUGCUCAGUUUUGGGUAGACAUAAAAAGAGAUGUUUAGGAAAAAUAUGUAAAAAGUUGCAGCCACAACACAAAGUGGAAUGUCUUAAUGUAACGGAUAACUAUGUUGGUGCAACAUUUUCUAAUUAUACUUUACUGCAAAUUGCACCGUAAGCAUAAUAAUGUUUAAAAUUUUCUUUAAGACACACACACAAGAAAUUCUUGAAAGAACUUUUGUGAAUUAUUUUUAUUUAAAAGUUUAAUAAAAUGAAGUAUUUUUGUACAUUUUUUU